UUCAACCACCAGGCACACAAGUAUCUAGAUGUUCCUCCUUGUAAAACUGUCCGUCCUGCUUCUCUCUAGCUACAUUGCACUUAACUUGUACCUCUUCUGGAAACGACGACAAUAUCGACACUUUGCCUCUUUCCCAAUACCGAUAUCAUUGAAGUGGUUUAUGGGUCACCUUCCCAAUUUAAGGAUGAAAGUAAAGCAGUUUCCAACAAAAAAUAUUCCGCAAAUACUUGGUGAAUGUCACAACGAGUUAGAUGCAGAAACAGUGGUUUUUGCACUUUUCACUGUUGACUUGGUCUUGACUCUGGAUCUAAAUAUAAUACCGAAACUUCUCACCGACAGAAAAGCAUUUCAGAAACGGGAAACAUUGCGAAAAAGAACCGGUUGGUGUGCAGGGGUACGGAUGUUUGGAAACUAUGGACUUGUGAUAGACCCAGGGACUGAUGUUUGGGCGGCGAAACGGAGAAUCAUGGACACAGCAUUUACCAAAUCCUUUCUUCGAACAACCAUGGGCGGAAUGAACAACGUUUCUGACAGGUUAAUAGAAGUACUGAAAACAAAAGCUGAAUGUGGCCAGGCCUUUGAGAUCUCGGAAUUACUCCGCAAGACCACUUUUGAGGCCAUCUCACUGUGUGGAUUUAAUUGGAGUGAGGAUAUGAUAAAAGAGCACGGAGAAGCAGCAUUAAAGAUGAUGCGAGCAUUUUUUGACAUCAUGAGAUUGAGUAUCAAAAAUCCAAUGUCUUUAAGGAUUCCAUGGUCGAGAUUAGCUGAGAAACGUAAUUUUAAACAUGCAGUUAUACCCAUGCGAAAAUUAAACAGGGAAUAUUUAGAGAAAAUAAGGGAGAAAGCUGUUGGAAAAGAAAACCUCCUAUCCUACAUAAUACGAGCAAAUACUUGUUCGGAUGAGCUGACUAUGGAGGACGUGAUCGACGACUACAAUGUUUUACUGGUGGCUGGCGUGGAGCCAACAUCCACCAUUAUGGCUUGCGCUCUCUGGUUCAUAUCAAUGGACCCUCAUGUUUACAAAAAGGCCAAAGCUGAGGUUGACGAUGUUUUUGGGCACAACGACCAAAUUAGCUUCGAAGAUGUCCAGAAGUUGGUUUACAUAGAAAUGAUAAUCAAAGAGAGUAUGAGGCUCAAAGGAGGGCGUUUAGGAACUGCAAGACAGUGCAAGACAGAAGCAACUAUAAAUGAAGUUUAUUUUCCAAAGGGGACCCAGUUCUUGGUUCUCCGCCACAAACUACACGUUGAUAAAAGAUACUGGAAAGAUCCUGAAAUUUUUGAUCCAGAACGAUUUUCACCGGCUUCCAUCAAAAACAUUCGACCUUAUACCUACAUGCCUUUCUCAACAGGCCCCAGAAGCUGCAUAGCAAAAAACUUUGCCAUUUUGGAGAUGAAAGUAAUUUUGGCCAAUGUUUUGAGGAAUUUUAUUGUUGUGAACAUGAACCCAGAGGAAAAACAUCUUGUGAUGAUUGGAGACGUGACAACAAGGCCAAUGGAUGGAGUAAAUGUGAAGGUUUUUCAGAGAUGAAUGGACACCCGAAUUUUUAAAGUUUUUAAAGACUGUUACUGUUUUAUUUUAAUUAAUUUUUGCAGGAAACUUAUUUUCACGAUUCAUUAGGACUAGGAGUUAGGAC